AUGGAGGUGUUGGUAGCUGCCCCAGACUCUGAGGCUCAGCCCGUUGAGUGCUCGUCGCCGACCCCGGCGGCCCGACCUCGACCCAACCCCAGCUACGGACCCAGCAACUCUGCCCGCCGUGCGAACCGCCACCGAGGAACGUCUCCGCAGGAGCCUUCCUUGAGUGGAAGCCCUUCCCGACCCAGCACCGCACCGACUCCCGAACUCAAGAGCCUCCUGACCUCCACGCCACGGUCAAACCGUCAGGCGUGCCCAAGUCAGGAUCCUAAGGGGGAAACCGCGUCACCAGUUACACGGCCCCGAAUGGAACACUCUCCAGCCAAGAGUCGGCUUCAGGAGCACUCGCCUCACUCGCCGACCAAGAACCUGCUCAGCACUCCCAGCACAUUGACGGCGAGUGCAAAGGCGUUGACUCCGAAAACGACCGUACCAAAGGACUACGCACGUUGCCGUGCCCGAUCACAAAGUCAGCCGAAACGUAUGGGGGACACCUAUGACCUGGCCCGCUUCACGGACGCUCAGAAGGAGAAUGAAACCUUCGACCGUGCCUUGAAGGAAAUCCAGGCAGGCCGCAAGACGUCCUGCUGGAUGUGGUUUGUGAUCCCUUCGCCUCCGCACAUGAAGAACAACAUCGAGCAUGGCAGCAGCCUGAACCGCAAGUACGCCAUCAGGUCCGACGAGGAAGGCCGGGCCUGGCUGAACUACGAGGCGGAUGGUGUGGACCUGCGUGCAAACUAUUUCGCCAUCCUCGAGGCCCUUUGCGAGCAUUUGGUGGCUGGGAAGGCAGCGCGUUCGGUGAUCGGCAGUUUUGACGAGCCCAAGCUUGCGAGCUCAAUUUUGUUCUUCGAGCGAUUAUCUCGCAGCGAAGACAACGAGCUAAACACCUUGCUCGUGAAGAUAGCAGGCCUCAUGGAGCUGCAGAUCACGUUGCGAUUUCAUCUCUACGUACCCGUAUGCGCCAUUAUGCACCCUUCCCUGAUCUUCCCAGCCUGCACGGUACCAUUUGCCCGGCUUGCCACCACCCAGAAUCACGCCUUCAUCGGCUAUUACCAGCUUUUCGCAGCUUGGCUGGAGAGGAUUUCACGAAGCUUCAUGCUGCGGACUUGCAUUGCCAUUGCAAUCAUCUGUGAAGCUCUCACAACUCCUGCCAGACAUGUGGUGCCUUUACACAGGCAGAGGGUGCCUGUGCAAGGAGAGGAUGAUCGAAUUUCGUACAAGAGCGUCUACUUUGGGUCCGUAACCGUGGGCUCUCCUGAGCAGAAGUUCGCAGUAGUUUUCGACACCGGGUCUGGUCAUGUCAUCAUUCCUUCGAGUGAGUGCCACAGCGAGACCUGCCGGAUCCACAACCGGUACAACAGAGAGGCUUCACCCGCCGCAGUUGACGUUGACUACGACGGAUCUCCGGUGCACGCAGGUUCCCCACGGGACCAGAUUACCGUGGCCUUCGGGACAGGGGAGGUAACGGGACAGUUCGUACAAGACAGGCUCUGCCUUGGAUCGCAUGGAGCUGCCCCCACUGCCCCGGCCAUCGCAGUGCCCUCCUACACAGAGCCGCUGCUGCUUGUUCAGUCUGGAGAAGCCGAGCUGGGAAGAACUCCGAGCGCACAAAAAGGCCAGACCAAGACCCUUGGCAAUGCAUCCAACGCGGUGCUUCUCAGCCAAGCCCUGAACUGCGUGGACCUCCGAGUAGUCAUGGCCACGGAGGCCGGCCGAGACAGCGCAACGAUGCCGGAAUCGCGGCAGGCACUCAUCCGUCUUACCAAGGAGAUCAAAAGCUCCAGGAGUUGGGAGACCGCUCUGCAGUUACUCCAAGAUGUGCUGCCGACGGUCUCUGUUGACCUCAUCGUGGUGUCGUCAGGCAUCGGAGCCUGCGCAAAGGGCCAGCAAUGGCGCCAAGCACUACGCGUUCUCGGCCUCGCCAGAGGGGCAGCCUUGGAGUCGGACCUCCAAAGCAUCAGUGCCACGAUCACGGCCUGCGAGAAGUCUGCUCGCUGGUCUCCCGCACUCCGCUGUAUGGAUUCCUUGCUUUGCGGACAAUUGGAGACGGAUGCUGUCGCGUUCAGUGCGGUGGUGAGUGCUUGUGGUCAGGGCAGUGCUUGGGCACGGGCUCUGUGCAUUUUUGCCACUGCAGCUUUGGGUGCCAUCGCGUGCAACUCCGCGAUCUCUGGCUGUGAGCGUGCCGGGCGGUGGCAACCUGCCCUAGAGACUCUUCAAAGCGGUUUUCACAGGAGACUCCCACCCACGAUUAUUGGAUUCAAUGCCGCGAUAAGCGCGUCGGACGAGGAUCAGUGGCAAAGGUCCUGCUCCCUCUUCACCUCGCUUCUUGAGGUUCCGCUGGUGCCCAGCAUCGUCAGUUUCGGUGCGGCUGCCUCUUCGCUUGCCGCCGCGCAUAGGUGGAGGAGAUCGCUUCAUGUUCUCGACCAGUUGAAGCACUGGGAGGUGCCUGCCAAUGUCGUAGUCUUCAAUGCCAUACUGAGUGCCCUGACAGCGGCGCGGAGGCCGGAGCUUGCAAGAAGUCUCCUGGGCGUCAUGCGCGGAAGGAGUAUCGCACCAACGGUGAUCAGCUACAACAGCGCAAUAGCCGCAUGCGAGUCUGUGGGAGCGUGGGAAGAGGCCUGGCAUUUGCUGAUGGAGAUGAAGAACAGGGGACUCCUUCCAGAUUUGAUCAGUUUCAACAGUGCCAUCAGCUGCUGCCAGCUGAGCGGCAACUGGCAAAUGGCCUCUCAUUUCUUGCUCUCCUUGCGAAAAGCGGAGCUUGCCCCAGACCUUGCCAGCUUUGGCGCAUUGAUUGGGGCUUGUGCUGGCGUCGGACAGUGGCAGCAGGCUUUGGCAUUUGUCUCUUCGAUGAAUAUGUACCAAUUGGUACCGAAUCUGUUGACGGUCAACUCCGUGGCAUCAGCAUUUGAGAAAGGCUGCCAGUGGCAGCGUGUGCUGCAGCUUUUGAUGUAUGACCGCGACCUCAUUACCUACAAUUGCGCGCUCCUCGCAUGCCAAAGAGCUGGCCAAUGGCGGGCAGCUGCGCAACUGCUGGCGACGAUGGAAGAGGCCCGUGUGCAGGCAGACCUGGUGAGUUUCAACACUGCCGGUCUCCUGUGUGAGCGACACGGUUGCUGGGAAUGGCUCGAGGUGUGCCUGGGUCGACUUGCAGACAUGCUGCAGCAGGAGUUGGUAAAGACGGUGAGGAUCUCCAAGAGUCGGGGGAUCCUUCUGAGGUUCAGCUUCUUCGGGAUGAUGGCCAAGCAAGUCGCCCUGGAGCAUCCCAGCUUCGGCGUGUUCUUGGCAGACACCGACGCGGAGGUCAGCGAGAUCUCCUUUGGCGGAUCUUCGGAGGACAAAGUGGCCUCUCCCAUGACUUGGGCGCCAGUGGCCUUGCCGGACCUCGGCUAUUGGCAGGUGGAGAUCAAGGCAAUCCGCAUCGGUGACAGGACUCUAGACUACUGUGCUGAUGGCCAGUGCCGAGCGGUUGUGGACACCGGCACCUCGCUUCUUGCAGUUCCAGAAGACUUUGCAGAUGGUCUGCAGGAGGCCCUUGAGCACGGGCUAGAGGAUCCGGACCAAGGUGAAUCCUUCAAAGUUCAGAGCUUGAAAGCACCGGGAACACAAAGCGUUUUCCACUUUCCACCGGGUUUAGCCGCCAUGACAGAGAUUCUCGGUGGCUUCGUGAAGGAUGCCUUUCCGGAGCUGUUUGUGGAGGGCCAGGUUGUCUCAGCAGAGCAGAGUUUCCAUAGAAGACUUGCUGAGUACGAGAUGAAUAUCGAGCAGCAGAAGCUGUUUCGCGAGGACUUGAGAGACCUUGUCGAGCUGACCGUUGGACGAAUGGAUGUUUACCAUCUGGUUGGCGCAUUGCUCCUGGAGUUUUGCAUCCAUUUUUACUGCGAGAACCGGAUGAUCGAGGAAGCCGGGGAGAGUCAGUCCAAAGCAUUCCUGGUGGUGUUUUUUCUUCUCUCCAACCUCAGUGCCUGCGGCUUCCUGAUCUUUUCCGUGUGGCUGUCCAUGCACGCUUCGGUGGCAUCUCACUCGAUCGGCGUGCGCUUGCUGACCAGCUUUGCGCGUCUCUCCAUCCCCACGCGCAAAGAGUUGGAGGAGGUGGCAAAGGUCCCCUUGGUGCCAAUGAUGGAGCGGUUCCGGCAGCUCGGGAAGCGACUAGGAGUGGCGCAGGGCCGAGCUGGCGAGGGGUCGUCUGGCGAUGGCGAUGGCUCCGAGUCUCGGGAGGCAGCAGUGGCGGCUGUUCGGCAGGAGACUGUAGACCUCGCAAGGGCUGCCGCCGGAUUGGGGGCCGUGGCGAGUGAUCUGGCCAUCCAGGAGGGGGCCAAGGCGUUGUCCGACAGGGAGUUUCACUUUCGUCGAUUCCUCAAGGAGCAGCGUCGAUGGCUGUUUUACGAUGCAUAUGCGCGGAUCUGCAUGGCCUUGGGUAUGAACCAGUUGCUCUGCGCACUGUCAUACUACAUCCUCGGAGCAAUCGCCGAGGAGACUCCCUCCGGUGCUGCAGUCUCUCUUUUCGGUGUUCAGUGCUUGGCUCUUCUUCUUUUGCGACUGGACGUCGCGGAAGGUCGUGUGCAGAGUUGGGGCGGAGUCAUAAUGGUGCUAGUUUGCAUGUCCUUCCCGCCCAUGUACAUGGGUGUACUGAUCCACUUCGUUGACGCGGCGUCCGUCAGGACAGUCGAGUUCCUGGCGCUCCCUGCGUUCAUCCUCCAUAGCAUGUGGAUGUUGCUCAUCGCAGCCUACCUUGUGCCUGGCAGCAUGGACGAGGGCUUGCCCAAGCAGCUGCGAACGGUUCUCUACUUGGACGUGUUGCACCUCGAUCAGACAGAAAUCGCCGACGAGAUAGCAGCGCAGCACCAGAAGGACAGUCUCGCCGGACUCCAGGAGGCCAAGAUGGGAUUGCAGCAGGCGAUGCGCACAAUCUUGGAGGAGGAGGCAUCUGAUGGCACAACCUCCAGCAGCCGCAGGAAGGGGGAAGAGCUUCUGGAGUUGGAGGUGCAACAGACGCAGAUUGCUGAAUGCGUGGUGCACGAUGGACUUUCCUGGCUGUACUCGUUGCUUUGUACACUUCUUGACACGGUACAAUAA